AUGGCCCUCGCCGCUGCCGUCUCCGCCCAAAACGGACCCUACUCCAACUCCACCGGUGCCGCUACCACCCCUCUCGCUGCUUCCUCCCCCGCGGGUGCUGCCUCCGUCCAGGCCACUCUCUCCACCACCACCGAAGUCGUCAAGUCUUACACGACCUACAUCCCCUCCCCAACGCUUCUGGUCGAGGGAUUCCAGACUUACACGAUUUUGUCCGCGACGAUGUUGACUGUUACCGAUUGCCCGUGUACCCGGACGAAGGUGUUGACCACCUCCACCGUCACCGUUUGCCCGACUUCGUGUGCGGCUUCAUCUGCUACUGGGGCUGCUGUUGCGGCUGCGGCUACGGUUGCUACGGGUGUGAGUGCGAGCAAUGGUACCUCGAGCAGCAAUGUUACCGUGAAGGCUACUGCCAGCCCGGCGGUGUUUACUGGUGCUGCUGGAAGGACCAGCGUCGGUGCUGGUAUGGCUGCUGUUGUUGGGUUGGCUGGUGCUGUUGCUAUGUUGAUGUGA